GAAGGCGGCACACUCGCCACUGCCAGCUUGAAGCUGUGCUUAUUGGCUGUGGCUGGCAUUUAUCUCGUACGGAUGCUCGGGGAGCACACCAUUACAAUCGUUAUCAAUACCGUUACGUGAGAAGCCAGAUUAACACCAGCUUUGUCUAGGAACACAAUGACGGGCCAAGCCGUGGUUCUGCUUCUGUGGGCAGGCUUCGUCCUCUCUGCAUUUGCCCAGACGGACCCAAAGAUCGACUUGGCUGUUCUCGGUCCAGUCUAUCAGCCAGCGGCCAAUGACUCCUUCGAAGCUUUUACCAAUGCCAAAACGCAAGCAGCAAACGCGAUCAACCAGAUCAUUGCUGCUGGGAACAGUACCUAUGGACCGCUGGACAACCAGGCGACCUCUUUCUCAGCAUCGGUGUUCAGUCUAACAAGCAACGAGCCUCUCUUCGAGUUCCAUUUUGAAGCACCUCAGCUGAACGGCUCGUACACCAAGGGCAAGCUCUCCGAGAACACGAUCUACAGGACUGGAAGUCUGGGGAAGCUUCUAACGAUAUAUACUUGGUUGGUUGACAUUGGAGACCAAGUCUACCUAGACCCAAUCACCAAAUACGUUCCCGAAUUGGCGGCAGCUGCCCAGUCUUAUACGAACCCGCUCCUAUCGACCAAUUGGAGUGAAGUCACCGUCGGAUCUCUGGCCUCCCAGAUCUCGGGCAUUGGACGUGAUUUCCAUCUAGGCGACCUGGCUAUUCAGUCCUUCCAGUCUCCACCUGUAUCCGAUACGGUUGACGUCGACGGAUACCCUCCGCUUGGAAAUGAAACCAUUAUAGAAUGCAACUCCUAUGGCGACACACUACCAACAUGCAGCCGAGCGCAAUUUCUCAAGGGUGUCAUCGAACACCCUCCAGUCUAUCCGUCUUAUACAACUCCUACUUAUUCAAACCUCGCAUAUGCUAUACUCGGACUUGCCUAUGAGAAUAUCACCGGACGGUCCAUCUUGGAUGGUCAACGUGAUACCUUCAUCAACAAGCUCGGAAUGGCCUCAACAACGCCCACAGUGCCUGGCCCAGACGCCGAUGCUAUCAUCCCACGGAACGACAGCUUCGCACUAUUCUCAUACGACAUAGGCAUUCAGGGGCCGGCCGGCAAUCAAUACACUUCCACCAAAGACCUCCGAACUUGGGGCCAAGCCAUUCUGAGCUACAAGAUGUUGCCGGGCUUUGUUACGCGGAGGUGGAUGAAACCAACAUCAUUUACCUCUCAGUGGGAAUCGGCGGUUGGUGCUCCUUGGGAAAUCUACAGGAUUACAGUGCCUACCAAUACAAUCAUCAAUGCCAGCCGAAUCGUCGAUACAUACACCAAGUCUGGCGACAUCGGCGUAUACUCGACAUACUUCGGGUUGGUGCCAGACUACAACAUCGGUAUCACCGUCCUGGCAGCUGGCGACAGCCCCAAUCGACAAGUACCUCCCAUUCGAGGGACUUUGGUUGAUAUAUUCUACAAAGCCGCAGAAGCAGCAGCCAAAGAGCAAGCCAAGAACGCUUUUACCGGCACUUUCAAAUCGACUGAUCGCAACUCAUCCAUCACAUUGGCUGUCGACGGCGGUCCAGGCAUCAAGGUCGAACAGUGGAUCAGCAACGGCACGAAUUUCCUGACCCAGGAAUAUCUGGCGUCCUACGCCGACUUCCGCCUCUUUCCGACAGACCUGAGCACCCAGGCUGACGGUCUCACGUACUACAAGUAUCACCUCGACACGUUGAUCAAUCCUAACGGCGAGCCCGCCACAGGAGAUCCAUGGUCGGAGUACAACGACUACUGGCUGCAGGUUGACCAGGCAAUAUAUAACAACUUGGCCACAGAUGCGUUUGUCAUCGGCUUUGACAAGGACGGGAUCGUGCAGAGCGUGAGUUCGCAGGCUCUUCGAACAGCGAUGCUGCGAUCUUCUUAGCAUCAGCUUCGGGGUUGCUGGAGGGUGAACGGAAAGAAAAAGAAAAAGAAAGGACAUUAUGGCUGUGUUGAGGACUUUUUCACUUCUAUGUCGGUACUUUGUGGUGUCCUCAGCGCCUCCAACGCGACUUAUUGGUCUCGUGUCAGGCAACUAUAUCAGUGGUAUAGAUUUUGUUAAUGAUAAUAACGAGACAUCGAGCUUA